UUAGUUUUACUUCGACGAAGUAACCCAUACCGGAAUUGCACAUAUUCCCCCCCUCUCUCUCUCUUCCGUUUUUCAAUAUUGCAUUGUUUUCUUUCCUCCCCGAACGCAACCACACCAACUUCCGAUUUUCCAUUUCUAGGUCUCGUACCUUGAUUCUUCAAAAUCCAUCUUCAUCGUAAAAGCAGCUACACUGAAUUCGCUUCAUUCUGCGUAGUCGCGUUGCCAGCGCUGCUAGGGCUGAAUUAGUGGAUUCCCGACUCGCCAGAUGUUCUUUACGGGCGAUUCAUCUACUCGUAAGCGAGUUGAUUUAGGUGGCCGGAGUUCCAAGGAAAGAGAUAGGCAGAAGCUUCUCGAGCAGACCAGAUUGGAGCGAAACCGCCGAUUGUGGUUGAGGCAGCAAAAUUCUGCUGCUCUCAAAAUUCAGAAAUGCUUCAGAGGGAGAAAGGCCUCUGAAGCUGAACAUUCUAAGGUGCGAGAGCAAUUUCAUGUUACUUAUGGAAAGCAUUGUGAGAAAGUUGACAGGCAUUGUUUUGGUCCUGAUUCAGAGUUUUUCCACCAGCUUCUCUUUUUCUAUGAUGCAAAACAUACUGGUGAUUUUUCGGUUCUUGUAGAGACCUGCCGGUUACUUCAGAAAUUUGUUCAAGAUACUGGGGAUGUAGUGAGCAUCUUUGCUGGCAAGGAUUAUUUUUGUAACAAAGCCUUGGUGGACUACAGAGUUAAGAAACUUGCAUAUGCUUGCAUCCAGACUGUUCAUCAUAAUAGACAUCAAUCAAGGGAUCAACUUUUUGCCGCACCUAAGAAUUCUAACUCAUCUACAACUCUAUUAUUAGACGCGGUUGUUAUCUUACUACAACCCAAACUCCCAUGGGUUUGUAAAAUUGUUGGCUACUUUCUGGAAAGAAAUGCCUAUGUGCUGAUUAGGGAUAUCGCUUUGACAGGGAAGGAAAGUACAAUUUCACAUUCCAACGGUUCAGUGCCUUCUUUAGAACAUCUGCUUUCUCUUCUGAGUUCUCAUGUUGGUGAGAAGCCAUGUUGUUGCCCACGUGUUGAUCCCAAUUGGAGUUUCUCCUCCCAAAUUCUUACUCUUCCUUUAUUGUGGCAGACAUUCCCUUACUUAAAGGAGGUUUUCGCUAGAUGGGGGUUGAUUGGACAUUACAUUCAUCAGAUGACAUCAUGUGUUCAACAAUAUGCAAAUGUUCUCCCAAAGGAUGUAACAGCUGACAUUACAGGUUAUGCCUGCCUUCUUGGAAAUGUACUAGAAAUUUCCAGAACUGCUCUGUCUCAACCCGACUGCUCAUCCGAAUUGGCUGUAGACCUUGCUUCCAUCACAACAUUCUUGCUGGAGCUACUUCCUUCGAUAAAAUCACCUCUUAAAGAUAUGAAAGAGAGUGCUUUGUUGGGUGAGGAUGAUGUGGUUGUGUCUGAUCAAGAAAUAGAAUUUGUUUUGGAUAAAGAUGUUGAGAAGCAGAUAUGUGAUGCUAUUGAUCCACGAUUUCUCCUGCAGUUGGCAAAUGCUUUAUUUGGACAAAUUUCACGAGUCAGUGGGUCUUAUGAUGGUCCUGAUGAUAAAGAGGUCACAGCUGUUGGCACAGCCUGUGCUUUCCUGCACGUCACUUUCAAUACCCUGCCUCUGGAACAAAUUAUUACUGUUCUAGCAUACAGAACAGAGUUAGUUCCAGUACUUUGGAAUUUUAUAAAAAGGUGCCACGAGAACCAAAAAUGGUCAUCGUUUUCAGAGAAGCUAGCAUAUUUAUCAGGAGAUGCUCCUGGCUGGCUCUUACCUUUGGCUGUUUUCUGUCCUGUGUACAAGCACAUGUUGACAAUCAUUGAUAAUGAGGAGUUUUAUGAGCAGGAGAAGCCACUAUCAUUAAAAGAUAUCAGAUGCCUGAUUAUCAUUUUAAGACAGGCCCUAUGGCAGCUUUUAUGGGUGAGUCCUGCAGCUCCCAGUAACUUUGCAAAACCUGUUGCUAGUGCCCAUGUUACUAAGAGGCACACUGUUGAAUUUAUUCAAUACAGGGUUACGAUUGUAGCUUCGGAGCUCCUGUCACAGUUGCAAGACUGGAACAAUAGACGGCAAUUUACACCCCCCAGUGACUUCCAUGCUGAUGCUGUGAAUGAUUAUUUCAUUUCUCAGGCAGUGAUAGAAAACACCAGAGCAAAUGACAUACUGAAGCGAGCUCCAUUUUUAGUACCAUUUACAAGCAGGGUUAAGAUUUUCACUUCACAAUUAGCUGCAGCUAGGCAAAGUCAUGGAUCUCAUGCAGUUUUUGCUAGAAAUCGGUUUAGAAUUCGACGAAAUCAUAUAUUGGAAGAUGCUUACAAUCAGAUGAGUGCAUUGUCUGAAGAUGAUCUUCGAGGAUCGAUACGCGUAUCAUUUGUCAAUGAAUUUGGCGUUGAGGAGGCUGGAAUUGAUGGUGGUGGUAUUUUCAAGGAUUUCAUGGAGAACAUUACACGUGCAGCCUUUGAUGUGCAGUAUGGUUUAUUUAAGGAAACAGCCGAUCACUUGCUCUACCCCAAUCCUGGUUCAGGAAUGAUACACGAGCAACAUCUCCAAUUUUUCCAUUUCCUCGGAGUUCUUUUGGCAAAGGCCAUGUUUGAAGGCAUUCUUGUUGACAUACCUUUUGCAACAUUUUUCUUGAGCAAGUUAAAACAAAAGUACAACUAUCUGAAUGACUUGCCAUCCUUGGAUCCUGAAUUGUAUCGCCAUCUUAUUUUCUUGAAGCAUUUUGAAGGUGACAUUUCCGAACUGGAGUUAUAUUUUGUUAUUCUAAACAAUGAAUAUGGAGAGCAAACAGAAGAAGAGCUGCUCCCUGGAGGAAAAAACCGUCGUGUGACCAGUGAAAAUGUCAUCACAUUCAUUCAUCUUGUUGCCAAUCACCGUUUGAACUUUCAGAUACGGCAGCAAAGUUCUCAUUUCUUGAGAGGGUUUCAGCAGCUUAUACAGAAAGAAUGGAUUGAUAUGUUUAAUGAGCAUGAAUUCCAGCUUUUGAUAUCAGGAUCACUAGACAGCUUGGAUGUUGAUGACCUACGGACACAUACUACUUACUCCAGUGGCUAUCAUAAAGAACAUUAUGUCAUUGAGAUGUUUUGGGAAGUUAUCAAAAGCUUCUCAGUAGAAAAUCAAAAGAAAUUUUUGAAGUUUGUUACUGGUUGCUCUCGAGGACCGCUUCUUGGCUUUAGAUACCUCGAGCCAUCUUUUUGCAUACAAAGGGCUGCUGGUAAUGCAAAUGAAGAAGCUCUUGAUCGCUUGCCUACAUCGGCCACUUGUAUGAAUCUUUUGAAGCUUCCUCCUUAUAGGAGCAAAGAGCAACUGGCAAACAAAUUGCUGUAUGCCAUAAAUGCAGAUGCGGGUUUUGAUUUAAGCUAAUGUACAUAGUACCUGCUCAAUGUUCCUUCUAUUCUCCUUCGUACUUUGCAUUGGACGGAUCAUAYGAGGAAAUAUAUAAAGAUGCAUGUGGAGCAAGUUGGAGGACCAGAUAAACUGCAAGGGGAACCACUUGAGCAUAGGUCGGACUCUGAAAGCCAUUUCUGGCCAGUGCUGAUUUAAAUUGAAAAAUGCCUAAAAAAUAUACGACUCAGCCAGAGAUUGCGUCUGCCAAGCAGGUAUCGCAUUGGCUAUGGAAUAAGUUUGUACAAAAAUCUUAGGAUUGUUUUGUUGUGUCAUAGAGGAGCCAUGGCCCUACCCCUAUUUUAGCUAGGAUCUUAGAAAUUGAAUACACUCUCACUAAAGACGGUGUAUAUAAUAUAUUUAUAUUUAUGUAUGUAUAUUCUUGUUUCUCGAUCGUACAGAGAAAUACAGUACCUGGUGAUUGAGGAAGGUCUCAAAUGGUUUCGGAGUUACUUGUACAUUCUGGACUUAGUUAUCUUGCACCACGUUCUUGUUCUUGUUAUUAUUCCAGAGAAUCAGAAAGAAAUACAGGAGCAUUUUUGUUAA